UCAAAGGAGCCAGUGUUGCUGGGUAUUCUACUGAACCAAGAUUUCUCCUUGGCAGCAUGGAUAGAGUGUCCACUAAUGGUCACGUUUCAGAGAAGAGGAAUAGAAAAUCCUUUCUAUUCAGCAGGGAUAUAAAUGAGCAAUUUAGUACUGAAGAUAAUGAAACACUUCCAGAAGCAGUGAGGACAGAUACACAAAAUAAGGAUGUACCAUGCGCGCAGCUUCUGGACUUCCUCCAGAGGAACAUCAUCAUUGCUGCUGCCUCGGUGGCGGGAAUCCUCGUGGUCACAGUGUUGUUGUUGCUGGUGUUGACUGCAUGCAUCAGGAGGAAAAAGCCAUUAUAUCCUCCAGCAAACAUGACAUAUAAUAUUUUUAUACUGAGUGGGAAGACUUGGUGGCAAAAGUAUCAAGAAAAGAACCCCAGAAAACAAAAGGGAAAACAGAAACAGUUGAAGUCCAAGUCCUGCGUCUAAGCCAGGUGGUGGGGCCACCAAACCAGGACUUAACGCUGCAAUGCCAGGCAGUUCUCAAUCCAAACACCAUGGAGAGGCAUUUGGAUUUCUGGCUGUGAGAUGUGCUCUGCAAAAUGUUUACCUUCUCGUCUCAAUUUUGAAUGGACCAAGAAACAAAUGUUCACCACAGGAUGCUCACAGUGUGGUAUGGCACUAAUGGCUAGUGUGGGAGACUUAGCACAUUUGCCCAAAGACAAACCCUUUCAAGCUAUGGAUGUAUUUAUUUAUUAAAGCAUUGAUUCUCUGA